AACUGUUUGGGCCUGCUGGGCCAUCACAAGGCCUACACAAUAGACCAGGACACACUUUUCAUUAGCUCCAGACGGAAAACAUAGCUACUCUUUACGUAUGCCGGAGAAGAUGAUCGUCUGCGUCGCUGUUGUCGGUCACCAGAACAACCCGCUUUACAUACAGAGCUUCACCGAGGCCGACGACGCCCUCAAGCUCCACCACAUCGUUCACUGCUCCCUCGACGUCGUCGACGAGCGAGUGAACAAUCCGAAGAAAUCUGGAUCGCCACUGAAUGAGACAUUUCUGGGUCUGCUGUACCCGACCGAGAAUUACAAAGUGUACGGGUAUCUGACUAAUACAAAGGUGAAGUUUAUCGUGGUGACAACGGAUCUAGAUGUCAGAGAUGCGGAUGUUCGAAAUUUUUUCAGGAGGUUCCAUGCUGCAUAUGUAGAUGCGGUUUCAAACCCAUUUCAUGUGCCAGGUAAAAAAAUAAUGUCCAGAACUUUUGCAGAAAGGGUCAGCUCCAUAGUCAAAUCGUUUGGGUUGAGUUCAGCUGGAUGAAAGACUGCCGCCAGCAGAAACUAAACCUAUAUGAACUUUCUUUUGUAAAACUUGUUGAAUAUGUUGUGUUUCUUUUGCACUGCUUUUCUUUUCUCCUAGGAGUUGGAUUUAGGUAACCUCAUUCAUGUGAAUCUUGGGAAAUUUUUGAAAGAUUAUAACAUUUAUCUUUCUGUAGAACUUCA